AUGGGCAGAGAAUCAACUACAAGCACUGCUACACUCCCUCCCCUCGACUACCUUCACCCCAGUCCAGUCAGAGGUCAACUCGAACCCUCAGACGAGGUUACAAAAAAAACUGGCUGGCGUUUUAUUCAAUGCACAGACACUCCGAAUGAGCUCAAAGUACUUUUGCCUCCCAGAACAGCUCAGCUAUACGCCCGUCUGCUUAAAGCAGAAAAAUCAGAACUCGCCAAGAAGCUCAAUGCAUCUUGGGAAUCUAUACUCGAAAUACGCCACCUCAAGGAUAGGAUGAUUAGGAAGUGCCAGAGGCUAGCUCAUUCUUACGCCGACAAUAAGCCUCCCGUGAAGGUCCCCUUCUUGUCCAUUCAUGCCCCAGUCGAUUUCAGAUUAAAAGAGAUGGAGAAGUGGAUUCGCCUCCACGGCGAGCCUGAUGAGUCUAGCAAGAAGAUGCCCGUGCCCGACUCCGUUCGCCCACGUAACUCAUUCUGCUGCGAUCGAUGCGCAAAUAUGGUUCCUCAUCACCACACCAUAUCUCGUCGGCCAUCCACCCUAUCCCGUCGCUCAGCCCUCGCCGAGCGUUCUCCAUCAAAAGCUCUCCCGGCAUCCCCACGACGCGCUCGCUCCUCCAAGGCGAGCUCUGUCCAAAGCGAUCACAAACCUUCUCCCGUUGCGAGCUCCAUCGUCCUCAAUGAAAGCCAUUCGCAUCAUCAAAGCCAAUUGUACGAAACCAGCGUCCACGAAAGUAGUACACACCAGGAGGGCAGGAAUAAUCAAGUCCACGCCUCUUUCACCGCACAUCAGAGUAGGUUCGAUGACAGUAGCACUACUCAGGAGAGCAGGGUCCUAGACAGCAGCAAUAUCCACACGCGACAAAUCAAGCACUCCAGGAGUAUGUCAUAUGACGAGCGGAGGUUUGCAGAAAGUGGUCUUCAUGAGAUAAAACGCACUAUCCACGUCAUUCCUGAAGCAUCAGAGGCAGGUACCGAUCACAGCAAUCGCUCAGCGGUGUCGGUCAGCAAACUAUCGGUUAUUUCGCCCGAUCCAUUGCCUCAUCCAUUCCAUGGUUCGACUUCAGCAGUUUUCUUGGGCAUGGUCGAGAGUCCUGUAGAUGCUCCUGAGGUACAGAUCGCUGAACCUUACUAUUCGGAAAGCGAGGGAGUGAUGACACCUCCUUCCGAAGACGAACCAACCAGCGACUUCCCUCCCCAGCCAAAUACCCUCCGCAGACGCAGUAGCCUCAAACGCAGCAACAAUGACCUGCGCCUGAGUAUAGCGUUCUCCGCAAAGACCGUGUCCUGGGCGAUGGACCGCGACUGGGCCGAUCAGGUCACGAAGUAUAACGCUGCGGCGGGUGAAAUCGAGCAUGCUGACCGAGAGUGGGAUGCCAUUUGUGCGACAUAUCAUGAAGAACUUGCUGGCAUGAAGGUUCUGCGUCGAAAUGUCACGCAGACCCUGGCCAGGUUACGCUUGGAGGCAGAGAAGCUGCAGCGUGAAGACGAGGUGAUCCGGGAUCAAGAGGAUAAGUUGCGUGCGGGAUAUGAGCAGCUCGAGCAGAAACAUGGACAGUAUCGAGAAAAGGUUAAAGCUGUUUUAGAAGAGACCGAACAGGUUCUUACAUUGUGCGGCACCAAGCGGGGUUCUUGA